GCUCAGAACUCAAAGUCGCUCAGGCGCCUCGCAGGCGACCACAGCUCCCUGCACACAGCCGGCCUCCCUCCAAACUACCUCUUCCCUCCUGACACAGACGCCUCUGCCGACCUCACGUCCCUUGAUGUCCUGCUCUCCGGCCCUGCCGGCACACCCUACGCGAACGGUGUUUGGCGACUGCACCUCGACAUCCCCGCUACGUAUCCCACGUCCGCUCCCACGGCUUUCUUCCGCACGCGAUGCUGGCACCCGAAUGUGGACGAGAGCUCGGGCGCCGUCUGCGUCGAGACACUGAAGCGGGACUGGAGUAGCACGCUCAAGCUGCGGGACGUGCUUGUCACGAUAUCCUGUCUGCUCAUACAGCCGAAUCCGGCGAGUGCGCUGAACGAAGAGGCGGGCAGGCUUGCGAGUGAGGACUGGGCCGGCUUCUGCAGGCGAGCGAAGCUCAUGACCGAGAUCCAUGCGUCCGUGCCGGCCGCCCUCGCGGAGCACGUCAGGGAAGCACGGAUGCGCGGCGAGGAGAAAGCGGCAGAGCCUGCGGCGAGGGAGCCGAGGCCUGAGGUCCGCGGCAAGGGGAAAGAGCGCGUCGGAGCCGCACCUCCAGCGUCCUCGAAGCCGCAACGUCUGCCGCUCGUCGAGGAUGCAGAGAACACACGGCGACGCGGGCGCACCACGGAGCCAGAGAGCGAUGAAAGCGACUGGAUUGCCGACCCUAGGAGGUCGCCCAGAAAGCUCCCUGGCCCAAAGCGCGAGCACAAUGUCUUUGGCGUCCGUGGAUUGGAGCCCACUGUUUCCCUGGAAGACGCGUCAAAGCGAGCGCUGCCUGUAGACUCGCACACGGGGGGACUGGCAGUUGCCCCGGAGCUCGAGGACACAGACCCCUUUACGACUGUAACCUCAAAGCGUACAUCACACCACGCAUCCUUGGUCAUACCCACCUCGCCAAACCUCACGACACCACUACAACCUACGACCGACACGCCAGAGCUUCUGAAGUACUCGCAUCAGAACCCUUUCUCUGCCAUCCAGCCAAACAACCAGCAGCAUCCGCUGCACAGAGAGUUCUCAUACUCGUGGCGAGACGCUGCGAUCCUUCACGAGACGGGUCUCAUCACGGACGGCGAGACUCGAGACUGCGCGAGGAAGAGGCUCGCAGGAGACGCAUUCGACAAGAAGCGGCAGUGGGAAAUGAAGCGAUUCAAGAGCGCCGGAUGCGAUCUCAAGCGCUAUAAUCGCGGCGACUUUGGGCCAAGGACGGGACUCGGGCGGCUCUGA